AUGCUGGCCCCCGGCAGUGGCCCCGAGCAGAGGACCAGGCUGGCCCUGCCGUGGAGGCAGGUCUCCUGGAUCACCUGCUGGAUCGCCCUGUCUGCUGUGGAGGCCCUCCCCACCUGCCCUUUCUCCUGUAAGUGUGACACCGGCCGCCUGGAGGUGGAUUGCAGUGGCCUAGGCCUCACCAUGGUGCCCCCAGACUUGCCUGCUGCCACCCGGACUCUCUUGCUCUUGAACAAUAAGCUGAGUGCCCUACCAAGCUGGGCAUUCGCCAAUCUGUCCAGUCUGCAGCGGUUGGACCUAUCCAACAACUUCCUGGACCAGCUGCCCCGCUCCAUUUUCGAGGACCUGACGAAUCUGACUGAGCUGCAGCUGCGCAAUAACAGCAUCAGGACCCUGGACAGGGACCUGCUGCAGCACUCACCCCUGCUCCGCCACCUAGACCUGUCCAUCAACGGCCUGGCCCAGCUGCCCCCUGGCCUUUUUGACGGACUCCCUGCCCUGCGCUCCCUGUCGCUGCGCUCCAACCGCCUGCAGAACCUGGAUCGGCUGACGUUUGAACCCCUAGCGAGUCUGCAGCUAUUGCAGGUGGGGGACAACCCCUGGGAGUGUGACUGUAACUUGCGUGAUUUCAAGCACUGGAUGGAGUGGUUCUCUUACCGAGGGGGGCGCCUGGACCAACUUGCCUGCACCCUACCCAAGGAGCUGAGAGGGAAGGACAUGCGCGUGGUCCCCAUGGAGAUGUUCAACUACUGCUCCCAGCUGGAGGGCGAGAAUAGCUCGGCCGGGCUGGAUAGUCCUGGGCCACCCUGCACCAAGGCCAGCCCAGAACCUGCGAAGCCCAAGCCGGGGGCUGAGCCCGAGCCGGAGUCCAGUACAGCCUGCCCCCAGAAGCAGAGGUACCGGCCUGUGAGCGUGCGCCGGGCCAUCGGCACCGUGAUCAUCGCCGGGGUCGUCUGUGGCAUCGUCUGCAUCAUGAUGGUGGUGGCUGCUGCCUACGGCUGCAUCUAUGCCUCCCUCAUGGCUAAGUACCACCGGGAGCUCAAGAAGCGCCAGCCGCUCAUGGGGGACCCGGAGGGGGAGCAUGAAGACCAGAAGCAGAUCUCCUCUGUGGCAUGA